GUAUAAUUGGUAUGCUAUGAAAUGAACAGUAGUCCUGAGUAGCAGAGUAGCCCCUGCCUAAAGAUUGACAUGACAUGAUUUUUCCUCCUUUUUCCAUGCAGGUGUAGUUCAUGUAACAGCGAUAUGAUGAAUCCGUUUUGCUCACACCACUGUCCUUCUGUGACGUAGUCAGACCCAAUGUGCUCAUAACACAGAGCUGCUACAGAGAAACAACUCCUUGACAACCGAUGCAAAUCGCAAACUUGGCGCCUUCUCUUCCUCGUGAAUAUGACUCUCGUGUCUUUCAGUUGUCCGCCUUCUAUUUAGGCUCAUUCAGGCUUACAAACCAGUGCGGAUACGUAAUUUGCUUGUUUAUGACUUGUGUGAAAAAAACUUAGUAGAGGAAUCGGGACACCGUCAGCCGCCGGACCGCCAGUGAGAGAUAAUUUUGUUCCUUGUUCCCUUUUUAAACAAUAAGCAGCGGGUGUCGUACAGCGCAGCCAGAUAGGGUCGAGUGUCUCUCCUCCCCGGCUCACCGCGGCUACCUGGCGAGAAGAUUUGGAUUAAGACCAAUGAACUGGGGGUAAAUAAUCUCCACGGGAGCGUUUACUCGGCGAAAACCGACUCUUUGUCUCGCUGUGGGAUUUGUUUUCUACACCUCUGGAGGCUGAAGACGAUGUCUGUCCGGGGAUACUUUGUCGCUUUUUACAAAUGCACAGUUCUUCUCUCUCUGAGGAUUUUGCUUCUUGUGCCUGCAGGGUUGCCUGUCCGCAGCCAAGGGGAUUCUCAGUCCGACAACAAAGUGAUGGACAAUAUCACUGUCCGACAAGGAGAGACGGUCUUUCUCAGGUGUGCACAGGGGGACGUUGUCACACACACAGCAUGGCUGAACCGGUCGAGUAUACUGUACGCUGGAGAAGAUAAAUGGUCGGUGGAUCCCAGAGUGAGUCUGGUGACCCUCAAUCAAGAGGAGUUUACCAUCAAGAUUGAAAACGUGGACAUGACAGAUGAGGGGCAGUAUGUGUGCGCGGUCCAGACAAGCAGUCGACCAAGAACCACCUCUGUUCACAUCCUCGUCCAAGUACCACCAAAAAUCAUCAACCUGUCAAGAGAUAUUGUGGUGAAUGAAGGCUCCAACGUCACCCUGAUGUGCCAAGCCAGCGGUAAACCAGAACCUUCUAUCAGCUGGAAGCUCAUCUCCCCUUCAGGGGACCUGGCGUCAGAUGACGAGUACCUGGAAAUCCCAUCUAUCUCCAGGCAGAGAGCAGGGACGUACGAAUGCACAGCUGUCAACGAUAUUGACACAGAUGUUCAGACUGUCGACAUCACCGUCAACUAUGCUCCAACCGUGUCAGAGGGCAGAGAUGUUGGAGUGACUCUGGGCCAAAGAGGAGUGCUGGAGUGUGAGGCUGAUGCAGUGCCUGAGGCAGAUUUUGAGUGGUAUAAAGAUGACAGAAGGAUCUUCAAUGGCUUUGACGGCACGGAGAUUGUGAACACUGGAUCACUGUCCAAGCUGACAUUUUUUAACGUGUCUGACGGAGAUUACGGGAACUACACCUGUGUUGCCGUCAACAAACUUGGGAGCUCAAACACAAGCUUCCUUCUGUAUGUGGUAAUUGAACCCACUAGCUCAACGCUAUUGCAAGGGCCGAGAGCAGUUCAGGAUGGCAGCGGCGGCGCGAUGGGAGUGCACUCACACACCUGUCUCCUCUUCAUAGUGUUUCUGCCAUUCCUGCUCAGGUUUUGAAGAGGAAUGGAUUUGAACACGAGUGAUGUGUGCGUGUAUGUGUAUGUGUGUGUGUGUGUGUGUGUGUGUGUGUGUGUGUGUGUGUGUGUGUGUGUAUGUGCGUGCGUGGGUGCGUCUGUUUUUUUUGUUUGUUUUGAACCAGAACCAUAAACUGAUGCACAGUGAGUGCAUGAAGUACCAAGCUACGUCAUGAUGUUGAUACACUAGAUAAGUACAUAACAAAAUGUUGUUUAUUUUAUUUUAUUUUAUUUUAUUUUAUUUUAUUUUAUUUUCCUUUUUAAGGAUGUAACAGAAGUUUCACACCUUAACUGAUUUGUGUUCAAUAUUUUUCUCUUUAAAUUAUAUUACUCUGGAUUGUCUCUUUUUACGUGUGUCUCGGGAAAAGAAAGGAUUUUCUAAAAUGAGGUGUCUCUUAUUCAGAUGGAUUUGUCUUAAUUUUUAACUGCAUUGCAUAUUCAUCUCAACUCCAGGAAAAGGCAAAUUUAUGGCACGUAUGAGAGGUGAAUGUUAAAUACCUCAAAGUCAAACCGAGACAGUGAAGCAGUAGGAAUUUAGGUUACCCCGAGGCUGAAAGCCUGGUAUUAUCAUAUUUUAAUGUAUAAUAAUUAUCAUUCAGUCUGGUUGUUGAAAGCAGAAUUGUUUUUGACCUUCAUGUAUUUUUGUUCCCAGCAUUAUAGUGAUAUACUUGCGGUUGUGAUAUGCUAAUCUUUUAAUUUUCUUUUUUUUCCAGUCAUGUUUAGUUUUAAAUUUUUUGACAAAGGAAAAUAUAAUGUUGUAAUUAAUUAGGAUUGAAUAUCCUAGUUUAACGUCUUUGUUGUAUUUUUUUUUUCUUUACCAGUACAGUUGUACACAAUAAUGGUGUCAAGAAUAAUUAUGUUAUAAUUAUGUAGUUCAAAUGGAGCGAGAGUUUACUCCACGUGUGGAGUCAAUGUCUGACUUAAGUAAUGCAAAUUUAUUAAUGCGUUUCUACUUGUUUGAACGUCAUGCAAUUUCUACACGACACAGUUAUUUGCGAAAACGUUCCUGUUCAUGUUCCAAACCAGCAGUGUAAGGUUAGAGACAACUCAGUAAGAUCAUGUUAAAAUGAAAAUAAACACUUUAUGCAUGUAGUUAGACACCAGUAACCCAAAGACUUUACACAUUUAGUUACCACCUUACUUCACAGAUUUGUUUCCUUGUCUCAACACCAACCAAAACACCAACACUUCCAUAGUAUUGUCUUUUCACAAACAAGAGGGUUAACAUGCUGUGUUUUCAUAAGGGUUUAAGAUGGGGGUUAAUUGGGAAAAAAAAAAAAAUCUAAAUUCAUUGAUACCUUUAAACCAAAAUGUACAGUAUGUGGUUCAUGACUGUGAAAUGUCCAUCUGAACGUGACAUUUCCAGCUUUUAUUGAAAAGAAAAAGAUAGAAUUGCAGGCUCACUGUGCGGCAUGUGAGCCAAUUGCAAUAACAGAGAUUGAUCAGAGGACUGAGCGAAAAGGCUACAACUGCUUUUUAUCACUUGAUAUAUAGCCUGCAUUAUCAGGAAAGACAGGAUAUAUAAGAAAAGAAGAAAAUCAUAUCUCUGUGUUUUAUUGUGGAAUAAAAUCAGUGCAGACAGAGCAUCAAAGAGGCUGUAAACAAACAACAGACCUGUUACCUUAUUUUCUUGUGAACGUCAGGAUUUUAUGCAACAAUCAGUAACCUCUCACAACACGGCAGCGAGAAUUGAAGCCAGUAUCUUGUAUCUCUUGUGUUGGCAAGUGAUUCACAACAACUGCCAGGCCGCACUCAGGUUCAACCCAGCGGUGGAAAAGAGCUGAGUGACAACAACAAUGAAAGCAAGAUUUGGUGUUAGGCUUCUGGUAUUGUAAUGUGGAAAAGUAUUUUUUAAAUAUCAUGAAUCUCAUGAUGAAUGCAUCAGUAUCUGUUUGUCAGUGUACAUCAAACACAACACAACCAUCUACUGACUGAGCUGCACUGCACAUCACUGGACUAUGUGCAGCACUAAAACACAUGUAGGAUUGCAUUAAAACAACAUCAAACAGGAACAGUGGAUUAAAACCAAUUGGUGUGUGUCUGUGUAGUGGUGGGGCAAGGAUUUUUAAAUUAAUACGACCUCAGUUGACACUGAGCAGGGUCUGACAGGACAGAGCGAGCGAGACAGAACCAGUGAUCUCGCUUCCCUUCACGAUCACAUUUCCUCUUUUAAAAGAAAAUACUGAUCUUUUUCUUUUUCCUGGAUUGCCUUGUGCUCAGGUGAGGUCUUAGUCUGUCGUCCAUGUGUACCUCAAUUUUUCCUUUAUAGCUCUUGGGGAUAACAACGUUUGUGCUCCUUGAUGUGAAGAAAAAGAGCCAAUAUCCAAAUCAAAAAGGCAUGAAACAGAUAGGGCCAUUAUUGAAAUUGAUCAGGGUAAUCAUCAGCUGAAUCUGACAGGCUAAUCACCGUUUGUUUUCACACACAAGACAAAGGAAGAGAGAGAGAGACAGACACUGCGGACUGUUAUUCAUCUCCAGCACAGUGAUGUUUGGAAAUGACACUGUAAUUAUUCCAUCUUGGCUUGAAGGAUGGCGGGACUGAUCUCGCAUCUAUUUUGUCAUUUUGCCACAAGAUUAACCACAUUUAAGACCACCUCCCAAGGAGGUCUGUGCUGGAGCCCUCCACAGAUGAAAGUAGUUGCUAUCAAUAUUCCCACAAACAAUCACAGCCUCAUCACUCCGAGUUCACUUGAAAGGCUGAAAAGGAACUGAACGUGAAAAAAAUCUUGCUUAAUAGUUUGCCUGGAAAUAUCAAUUAACACACAUACACACACACACACGUACGCACACACACACACACACAUUAUCCUAUAUCUCUGCCUACAUUUAAUUUGUAGAACAGCCAAGCACACAUUGUAAAAACUGGGUCAUUUAUUUUAUUUUUUUUUUACUACCUCUGAGCAGUUGUUCAGCAAUGUGUCGAAUUAUUUACCACCUUAAAGUAAUGUCAAAGUAAUAUUUAGAUCUAGUUUUUGGAUGUCCAUUUGUGUGCAUUGUAACGACAGUGUAAGCGAUGCACAUUCACAGAAGUCCCAUGCGAUGCCACACAGCUGUAUUAGUCAGUAGGUGUAUCUUAGAGCUCCACAGGUUUCUGAAAGGACAGCACAGACAGCUGAAUGUUUAUGCAGUUUAUUGCUUUGUCCUUGAUAAUUGUGUUUUUUCUUUUUUUUUUCUUUUUUUAUGUCAUUUCAAAUGCAAUAAAAUAUCAUUUCUCAAGUCAAGCACACUAUUACUGAGGACAGACACAUAUAAGUUGCUUAGCUUUAGAGCACAGGCAGAUUUGUACAAACCAGCAGGGCUGCUGGCAAUAUAUAACAUGUUAUGCAUUCCUAGAUUAAAUGGAAAUGAAAGUUUUUUUUUUUCAUAUAUAACCAGAUGUGUGGAGUUGGUUGUACAGCUGACUUAACUUAAUAAUCCACUCAAUAAUAGAAAUGCCAUAUGGUCACUAUGGUGGCACAUUAAUAUCCUGAUGAACUCUGAUGAGAUAUGUGGUCACAAACAAAUUGUUGCACACUGAGCUGAGGAAGCAGGAUGGAGGCAAAGAGUGGUCUGAUCUGGGAUCUGAGGAUGUGGUGUCCUGCCUUUCCAUUGGAGAUUGAAAGCUGUCACUGUCAAAUCGCUGCUGGAAAUCCCACUAGAUCACAUUUCCUAAGGUGUAGGCCUUGGUUGGUCUGAGCGGCGCACAGCCAAAAGAAAAGCAUCAUCUUCAUUUCCUUUUUUCACCUGCUGUCCCAGACAUGUAUUAAGACUGGAGAAAUCCUAUGCAGGCUGCUUCUUUUUUUUUUUCUGACCUGGAGCCUUUUAUUUUACUUAGCACCAGUGUUUUCGAUGUAUUAUGGGAGAACUCCGCAGCAGAUAACAUACAUAUUUCAGUGUGAAAUAAGCAACUUCUAUAAGUGAAAAUAAUUCAUCAUUUCUCAGACAAACAGUUGACAGUUGUACUACAGUUUCUUUCUGCAUGACAUUAAAAAAAGUCAGCCUCUCCGCUGUCUUAUUAGAGCAAAUGCAAAUGUUCCAAAUUCCCCCCAAGCUUGACUUUUAAAAAAGGAUAUGCAAGACACACUGUAAGUCCCAUUCAAGCCAAACUUAUAAUGAUAAAGCCUAGCAACCCGGGGAGAGGAUCUCAGAAAUACACUGGUAAAAUAUUUCUGAUUUGCCUCCAAAGUUCAGCUUGGAAACUGCACUGAAAAGGCCUGAAUACACAUAAAUUCUCCUGUUUCUGUCUGACUCCAGUCAGCCAAUUCUGAAUCACAGCCCAUGAAGGCUUAUAUUUUGGCAGUAGCACUGCAUAUUUAUGUUGAUAUGACCAAUUCCACUCUCUGUUUGAAGACUGCAUAGGGAUUGCAGGGCUCAUUCUUUCUCUCAGCCCAAGCAAACAUGGGUCCAGUUGGAACAUGGACUGAUUUUUGGAAAAAAAAAAAAAAAAAAAAAGCUAUGGGUACAUUUAUUUUCUUUGUCUUUAUGUGUGCAAGGCAAGAGAGAAGUCUUUGAAGAAAAUUUGAUACCAUUUAAGAAAAAUGACUGAGUUUGUGUUGCACCUAUCAGAUAGUGCUAUUAAUUUUAGGUGUUGUGACAUUUGUGUGAUUUGCAUUGCAGUCUGGAAGGGAUCAUUUUUGGAUGUGAACUUUGGUUAGACAUGAGAAAUCAAACCUUUGUCUCAGCGUCCAGGGGGGUUAUUAUCAUAGCAGACGCAUGAAGUAGUCUCAUGAUACCAUGAGAUUUAUUUUGGAUGAUUCACAUAAAUAAAAUUCUGCCCUUUGCCUGGCUACAAGUUCACAGAGCUCUCUUUAAACCGGAUUGUUCACAAGUGGAGGGAGACGUCAUGCUAUUUGACUCCCCCGCAUUGUAAAGGAUUGUUGGUUCUUAUGUAUUUUCUUGAUGAAAAGUGUGUGCUCAUAUUUAAAACUGAUAAUAAAAUGUUGUAUCUUAAGAUCA